AUGAGAAGGCAGCUCCGCUCCAGAAGGGCUCCGGCCUUCCCUUACGGUUAUCGCUACAGACUUUUCCCAGCCCCACCCCUGCCCAACCCUGAAACUGUAAGUAAUGUACCACGUCUGAUUUUAGUCAUUUACUUCUUCUUCUACGCCUCCCUGGCUGCUGUGAUCACACUAUUCCUGUACAUGCUGUUCCUAGCCGUCAGUCCCUACAUGCCAACCUUCACCGAGCAGGUGAAACCUCCCGGAGUCAUGAUCAGACCCUUCACUCAUAGCCUUAACUUCAACUUCAACAUUUCCCAACCUGAAACUUGGCAGCAUUAUGUGGUCAGCCUGAAUGGCUUUCUCCAGGGCUAUAACGACAGUCUUCAAGAGGAAAUGAAUGUAGAUUGUCCUCCGGGACAGUUCUUCAUCCAGGAUGGAGAUGAGGAUGAGGACAAGAAGGCCUGCCAAUUUAAGCGCUCCUUCCUGAAGAAUUGCUCUGGGCUGGAGGACCCUACUUUUGGAUACUCUACUGGACAGCCCUGCAUCCUCCUCAAGAUGAACCGGAUUGUAGGCUUUCGUCCUGAGCUUGGAGAUCCUGUGAAGGUAGCCUGCAAAGUUCAGAAAGGUGACGAAAAUGACAUUCGAUCCAUCAAUUACUACCCAGAGUCGGCGUCUUUUGACCUCCGCUACUACCCUUACUAUGGCAAACUGACUCAUGUUAACUACACCUCGCCCCUGGUCGCAAUGCAUUUUACAGAUGUGGUGAAGAACCAAGUAGUGCCUGUACAGUGCCAGCUGAAGGGCAAAGGCAUCAUCAAUGAUGUCAUCAACGAUCGUUUUGUGGGGAGGAUAAUCUUCACCCUGAACAUAGAAACCUAGGAACUCCUGGGGGCCACUCACACCGGUUCUGGUUUCAUUUUGUGUUAUCCCUGGUAGCAC